UUUCCCUUUGCACCGGAAGUUCCAGUGUGACGUCAGUUUGUUAUGUGCACCAGCUGAUCAUCAGCCGGAGCCUACAGAAAACGCUACUCACACGCACAGAAAUUUCACCAUUCUCCAGAAACUCGUGCAAGAUAUCUGGGUUGUAGUAUUUGGAGGUAAACGUGAUGGAGCAGUGAAUGUUUUUGGAUGAAGAGAGCGGCUCGUUCGGUCGAGAGCAGCACUGAGGAACCAAACACUGACCUGCUGAAGCUCUGUCUGCACAUAAUUAUAUAAUACGAUGGAAAUGAUUCUUACCUGCUUAGGAUGUAGUUUGUUGGACUGUUUCGCCGGAGACGUGUAAAAACAACAACGCCAGUGCCUCAUAAUACCGUACUUUCAAUGCUAAUCAGCUAGAUCGCAAGGAAACUCUUCCGUCUGCGAGAAAAUGUGGUGGAAACUCUUCUUUUUGCUGCUGUAUUUUUCCAUGUUAUUAAUACUGGCUCGUUUUUUUGAAGCCAUCGUCUGGUAUGAAACGGGCAUUUUCGCCACUCAGCUGGUGGAUCCGGUGACCCUGAGCUUUAGGAAACUCAAAACCAUCCUGGAGUGUCGUGGAUUGGGAUACACCGGCCUGGCAGAGAAAAGGGAUGUGAGGGAGCUGGUGGAAAACUCGGGGGAGCUGAUGCAAGGAGAGCUGUACUCUGCUCUCAAGAAUGAGAAGGAGACGGAGGGAUCUGACUCCAGCACCACUUUCAGUGGAGAGAUGCACUUUUAUGAAUUAGUGGAAGACACUAAAGAUGGUAUCUGGUUAGUUCAGGUAAUAGCCCAAGAUAGAAAUCCACUGUUGAGCACUGCAAACUGGGGCAAAAUGGUACAGAAAGUGUCUCAGUUUGGCAUACGAACAGGAAUUUUCAACUGUUCAAGUGACUCAAGGUAUUGCCAUAAACGGGGCUGGAUGAAGUCCACUCUCAUCAUGUCUGUCCCGCAGACCAAUGCAUCCAAAGGGAAGGUCAUGUUGAAGGAGUACAAUGGCAGACGCAUCGAAACAGAGCACAUUUUUAAGUGGAUGACUGCGCAUGUCGCCUCUCGCAUCAAAACCAUACGUUUCUCUGCACAAUUAAUGGAUGACUGGUAUCAGAUGGAAAAGCAACCGGUAAAGAUGUUCUUGUUUGCCAAACUGCUUCAGCCCCCAGCGUUUUUCUCAGCUCUCAGCAUCAAAUUCACUGGGCGCAUCGAGUUUAUCUUCAUCGAUGUGCGCAACUGGGACAACACCAGCUCUCUGGAGGAGAUUGGAGUGCAGCAAAUGCCCUCAUACAUCCUCAAAACACCAGAAGGCAUCUACAGAUACGGCAACAGCACCGGGGAAUUCAUCUCCUUGCAUGCCAUGGAUGCAUUUCUUCGAUCCGUACAGCCAGAAGUCAAUGACUUGUUCAUUUUGAGCUUGGUUAUGGUCAAUCUAAUGGCUUGGAUGGACCUUUUCAUUACACAGGGAGCCACCAUAAAACGCUUUGUGGUUUUAAUCAGCACACUGGGGACUUAUAACUCCUUACUCAUCAUUUCCUGGCUGCCCAUCCUUGGUUUUCUUCAGCUUCCAUACAUGGAUAACUUUUAUGAGUACAGCCUGAAACUGUUGCGUUACGCAGACACCACUACUAUUGCCUCAUGGGUCCGGGCGGACUGGACCUUCUAUUCCUCUCAUCCAGCUCUCUUCCUCAGCACUUAUCUAGCCCAUGGCCUCCUCAUCGACUACUUUGAGAAGAAAAGAAGAUGUAGCAACGAAGACCAAAACGCAAACAACCUAGAGUGGUUGUCAAGUCUCUGGGAUUGGUACACCAGCUACUUAGUGCAUCCCAUUGCCUCGUUCCAGAACUUUGAGUCGGACUGGGAUGACGAUCCCAAUUUCCUUUUGCAAAGAUUGGCAUUCCCAGACCUAUGGCUUCGGCCGCUGGUUCCAAUAGACUACAUCAAGAACCUGCCCACCUGGAAGUUCAGACUCGCUCCGUCUGAGAGGCCCAACCCAGUGGAACAUGACAACCUACAAAAAACAACGACGAACCCAAAUGGCGGCUCCAGCGGGGACCAGGAAGUGCAUCACUACCGUUCAGAAGUUCUUCAUAAUAAUGACGGGUGUUUGGCUGCAAAGAAAGCAGAAGAAUCGUGGUCAGGUGGAGAGGAACAGGACACUGAUUGGUCUCAUUGGCCUUGUGGCAUGCUUCACUGCACUGAGUGUGUUGUGUGUCUCGAGAACUUUGAAACCGAUUGCCUUGUCAUGGGUUUACCAUGCGGCCAUGUUUUUCACCAGCAGUGCAUCGUGGUCUGGCUAGCUGGUGGGCGGCACUGUUGCCCUGUGUGCCGGUGGCCAUCGUACAAGAAAAAACCCACAGGACAACAUGCAACUGAACCGCUUGAACCAGAAUAGUCCUGCUGCAAUUACUGUCUUACUUCCUGCACUUAUUUAAAAAAACAAAACAAAAAAAAACAAAUGACUUAAUGUGUUCUUCUUUAGUCUUUAGAUUCAUAACAUUGGCUCCUGGGUUUUUGUUGGUGGUUUUAACUUGCAAAGUUAUUAUUAAAUUCAUACUUCCCAAUCAUUUUUCAAUCUUUUUUUUAAUAGGGGAAAAAAACUUGAUUUGAGUCAUAUACCUUGUAUUGGAUCAGAAAGAAAAGGUUUUCAAAGCUAAAUUAUGCAAAUUAUAAAAUAUUGAAUGGUAAAUUCAAUGCAUAUGGUUGAAAAGUUUUAUUGUAGCACUCAUCUGGCAUCCCAAUCAGACAGAAGAGAAAUCCAUAUGUUCCUGUACUUGAGAAUUACAUCUAGUGUUCAGUUUGUCACCAAAUGUGAAUAAUCCUUCUAAAAUUAAGCUACCCUCCUGAGUCAAUGGGGAAUUAAAGAUUUGAGGAGAUGGGAGUAUUUAUAUAAAGAAUUGACCAUCUGGGCAUGUCAUUAUUCAUUUAUUUGUAAUUUUUUUUUUUAACGAAGAAUAGAUUUACAUUGAAUGCUUGAAUAAAACUGCCCUGUGCACAAUUGAAAAUGGCUUAGGCAUUGACAUGCAAUUCUUAAUGGCUCCAUCUGUAAUUAGGCAAUUGUCUUAUGUUAGUUUGGUUAUUUUUGAACUCAUUUUGCCACUAACACUAAUAAAGAAUUUACUCACUUGG